CUGACCGCUCAAAUCGUUGCCUUGUCCUUACAACGAUAGUACAAGCGCAUAUCUUGCCUUCUGCAAUAGGCUGUUGGAGAAAGAUCACCGAAAAAUCUAUUUUUCCCUUAUGAAGACACCCGCUAUACAUCUAAAUCACUUCAAGAUUUGUGUUUCUUCACCGUAUACGAUUUUUAUUCCGCAUAUUCCUAAAUAUUCUUAGUUCUUAUUUUUAUUGGUCAAGUUUUUUUUUAUAUAACUUACUUUCUGGGAUUGAUUCUCUUGGAUCAUCUGCGCAAAGAUUAUCAACGAAAAACAGGAGAUACCACAAAAAGUGGGAUGCUCUUUGACGCCGGACUAAGUCAGUAGGUUACCGAAGUGCUUUCACAUAAUCAGAAUGUAAGAAAACAUAGACAGUCGAAGAGGACGCGGAGUGCAGGAUAGAAGAGACGAGACUGAUUUCAAAAAAGAAAGAAGGAGGGGAAAAAAACAAUCAGAUGAAAUAUGAUUCCACCGGCGAACGUGAUCCCGGACAACAGCGUCGGUAAAGAAAACGAUCGGGAUCAGCACGUGCUGCCUCAAUCACCGUCGUCCAGCAUCAGCCAGCAGGAAUCAAAGCUACAGAAGCUGAAGCGGUCGCUGUCCUUCAAGACCAAGAGCCUGCGCAGCAAGAGCGCCGACAACUUCUUCCAGCGGGCCAACAGCGACGUGCGGCUGCAGGUGGACCUGCUCCCGCAGGUGAGCGUCAGCGUGGGUCACCUGAGCGCCAGCGACCUGCCGGGCGCCGCCCCCGCCCCCGUCCCCGGCUCCGCCCCCUCCCUCUGCUCCCCCGUCAGGACAGGCCCCGCCCAGAACGACGCCGCCUCCGCCGCCCACAGCUUCCUGGAGCACGUCUUCAAGAAGCCCACCUUCUGCGACGUCUGCAAUCACAUGAUCGUGGGCACCACCACCAAACACGGCCUUCGAUGCAAAGCCUGCAAAAUGAGCAUCCAUCACAAGUGUGCCAACGGUGUGGGCCAGCAGCGCUGCAUGGGGAAACCGCCUAAGGGAUUCCGGAGGUACUAUAGCUCUCCCUUGCUGAUCCAGGAACAGUUUGGCUGCAUUAAGGAAGUCAUGCCGAUUGCUUGUGGGAGCAAAGUAGACCCAGUGUACGAGGCCUUGCGCUUCGGUACAUCCCUGGCACAGAAAACCAAGAGGACCAGCACGGGCAGCGGGUCCGAUUCGCCCCAUCGAAAUUCGACCAGCGAUUUGGCAGAAGUUCCGGAGGAGGGCGUGGCCCACGGCAGCAGGGCGGAGCUGACCAGGAAGCACAGCGACAACGUAUUUCUGCCUCUGGAAAAUGGAACCGAACAUUUCCCUAUGGGAGACCAAAAGCCUGAAGACUCCCCGGUGAGGUGUCACCUGCGGAAGGACGUGCUGCAGCUGAACACCUACGUGGCCCUGCACCACUUCAUCCCUCAGGACAGCCAGGAACUGGAGAUAAGACCCGGAGACAGAAUCCUGCUGCUGGACGGCUCCGGUGAAGACUGGUGGAAGGGCGUGAACGAGGGCAGGAUCGGCUUCUUCCCCGCCUCUUUCGCCCAGCAGGUGCGCGCAGGUGACAGGGUGCUCCGCUGCCACCGUACCUUCAUUGGCUGCAAGGAGCAGGGCCAGAUCAGCGUGAAAGAGGGCCAGAUCUGCGUGAGCAGUGAGGAUGAGCGCGGCGACUUCAUCAGAGUGGCCAGUGGGAAGAAGAGAGGCUUCGUGCCCUGUGACAUCCUGGAGGACAUCUAAGACCAUGUGACCACUGGCCAUAAGGCCAUUGGCCAUUCAGCCAAUCAGGGCUCACCAUUCACCUACAGUCUAGAGAGUAACCACUGCCGCAUCCAGUCCAGAAUUAGAGAGAGGGACAGCGAGAGAGAGAAGAGAAAAUGAGACAGAGAGAAAAGGAGAGAGGGAGAAAGGGAGGGAGAGAGAGUGGGUAAGAUAAAAAAAAUUAGACUGACAGAGAGAGAGAAAGAGAGAGAGAGAGAGAGGGAGAGAAAGAAAGAGAAAGAAAAAGAGAGCAAGGGUUGCUGGACAACCCUGCUGGGCAACCCUGCCAGGGACAGUGAGUGGUUCUGUCCCAGGUCUGCAGAUGUGGUUGGACUCCGGUGGACUGGCUGCUGAAGGGGAUUUGUCGAAAUUGGGACAGACUUCCUCCUUAUCCUCCUUGUGAUUGGAGGAGCAGUCAGGACGCAUUGCAUCUUUAAUUAGUAAAUAAGGGAAGUACACAGUGUUUUAUAGAUAUAUACUCCAUAUAUAUUUAUAUAUUUUGUUUUAUAUUUAUUUAAGUGGAAUGGCUGUCCACUGCUUGUUUCUGUGCAAAAUAAGAAAAUUUAUAUGAAAAAAAAAGAAAGAUCUUUAAGGAGAAUGACUCGAAUACAGGUGCACCCCUACAAACUACUAUGACAUACAAGGAGCUCAUUUCUGUUGAGCGGUUGGUCUCCAGGUAACAAACACAGGUAAGCAGGACGAGAUUCAACACGCAUUCAACUUUAGUUUUAAACAUCCAAUUCACUUCCUCCUGGUUCAUGAAUUCAUAUUUGAUUAAAAAAACAGCAAAAAAGGAAUUAAAACAUCCCAAAACAAAUUGUAAAUUCACACUGGAAUAAUGACUAAACGCCAAUAUCAGUCCAGACAAGAAUCGGUGUUGAUGACAAUCGAACAAAAUACAGCUUCAUCCACUAUCAUAGGAUUUCAAGAUAUGAAGCAGUUCUAGGAAUUGACUGGAUGCUUUCAUUUAUGAUUCGAUCAAAUCAAUGUUUUUUGUCAUUAACAUCUUGGUUAAUGUUUUCACUCUCCUGCACUGACUCUCUAUGUGUUUUGCAUUGCUUAUGGUAUUGUUUAAAUCAAACUGUUCCUCCCUCUUCUUGCCUGUCUCCUGUAAAUGUGUCUGUCCUCAUAAGCUUUCUGCAUUAGCUUGGAUUCAAGAGGUCAAAGGUUGCUGUACGUCCGCAAGGAAUUAAACAGAAACAGUAUUAAUCAA